AUGGAUGCGCCAGUUCUCGUUGUGGUCCCUCCCACACCGCGAGCUACAUUCAAUACCCGGCGCAAAGAGCCGUCUCCCCUCUCAAACCCAAGCAAACCCAGCGACGAAAAAACCCGGAAGUCGUCAAGCAGUCUCACCUCAUACGACUCUCAAGCUGGUUCAAAUAACCCACAAGGCAGGACCUCUAGCGAGAAAACAGCCGUUAACAUAUACGAUUUAUAUAGUGGCUCAAUGGAUAGAGAUAGUUAUGCUAGUAGCAGCAAUGGCCCGACCACGAAUGGAGGCGCCAGUACAGAAAGCGACACGAUGCGGGGAUCCACGAGAAGAUCGGAGUCCAGAACGCCUCCUGCAACACGAGUUGUAUAUUCUGAGAACCGGCACUCGAUAGCCAGUUCUGCACGAGAGUCGCUACGAGACAGCGUAUACGCAACGCCGUUACAGACGCCGAUGGACAUGGCCACAGUACCUUCCCAGGACGCGCCUGUUUCGUCGAGCAACGCGCACGUCAAUGGGAGGUCAAGUGAAGCGUCCGAAAAUGGAUAUUUGCUUGCUUCACCUGGUCAGGUUGUUGAACAUACCGGUCGCAACUCUCCCACCAUAGUGAUCGACCCUCCUCCUCGACAAAGUUCCAAACUGUCGCUAGAUUCCGCUAACCAUUCCUUGUUCGACCGUAGUAAAGACCACCCGUCAGCUUCUUCUUCACCACGUGCGUCCAUGUCUUCGGCUGCUAGGCCGAGUCUUUCCCCCACCCGACUGUCCACCGACCCUGCUACCUCUGCCACCUCGUCCUCUGCUCCGAGUGUACCUCAGCAUCCGCUACCUUCACCUUUGCUGCCAAAUGCCCCUUCUCCUGGUGUGGAUGAAGACCCGGAUAGCUAUUACGUCCGAGCGACCUAUGCGGCGCUAGACGUUACCGGUGUCCGUGGCGACGGGUAUGAGGAUGGUGAAGAGCUUACAAGAGCACGACUGGGUAAUGCGAGGGGAACCUUACCUUCUCCGAUUCCUACUACAGCCAAGAGAAUGGAGAUGGGAGGCAAGGAAUUGAGCGAGAAGGAAAAGGAGCUAUUAGGGCAGCUCGACCG